UAUCUCUCCCUGUUGCUGCCCCGCCACAGGCGCCGCCAUGGCGCAGACGCUGCAGAUGGAGAUCCCCAACUUCGGCAACAGCAUCCUGGAGUGCCUGAACGAGCAGCGGCUGCAGGGCCUGUACUGCGACGUGUCGGUGGUGGUCAAGGGCCACGCGUUCAAGGCACACCGCGCUGUGCUGGCUGCCAGCAGCUCCUACUUCCGCGACCUGUUCAACAGCAGCCGCAGCGCCGUGGUGGAGCUGCCGGCCGCCGUGCAGCCGCAGUCAUUCCAGCAGAUCCUCAGCUUCUGCUACACUGGCCGUCUCAGCAUGAAUGUGGGCGACCAGUUCCUGCUCAUGUAUACGGCCGGCUUCCUGCAGAUCCAGGAGAUCAUGGAGAAAGGCACCGAGUUCUUCCUCAAGGUGAGCUCCCCCAGCUGCGACUCGCAGGGCCUGCACGCUGAGGACGCACCGCCCUCCGAGCCGCAGAGCCCCGUGGCACAGACAUCCAGCUGGCCAGCCUGCGGCACGCCGUUGCCACUGGUGUCGAGGGUGAAGACGGAGCAGCAGGAGUCGGACUCCGUGCAGUGCACACCCGUGGCCAAGCGCCUGUGGGACAGCGGGCAGAAGGAGGGCAGCGGCAGCGGCGGUGGCAGCCGUAAGAUGGCCAAGUUCUCGGCGCCCGAGCUGGCGGCUGGCCGCCCCCCACAGCCCCCGCAACCACCCCAGCCAGCCCCCGUGGGGGCAGGCCCGGCAGUAGCGGUGGGAGGGGGCCCUGGAGCAGCGCCAGGCCCCGUGGCCAGCGGGCCCAGCACAUCGGAGCGGACCAGUCCCGGCACGUCUAGCGCCUACACGAGCGACAGCCCCGGCUCGUACCACAACGAGGAGGACGAGGAGGAGGACGUGGGGGAGGAGGGCGCCGAGGAGCAGUACCGGCAGAUAUGUAGCAUGUACACCAUGUAUAGCAUGAUGAACGUGGGGCCCAUGGCGGAGAAGGUGGAGGCGCUGCCCGACCAGGUGACCCCCGAGUCCCGGAACCGUAUCCGGGUACGGCAGGACCUGGCAUCCCUCCCGGCUGAGCUCAUCAACCAGAUUGGGAACCGCUGCCACCCCAAGCUCUACGACGAGGGGGAUCCCUCGGAGAAGCUGGAGCUGGUGACAGGCACCAAUGUCUACAUCACCCGGGCCCAGCUUAUGAACUGCCACGUCAGCGCGGGGACACGCCACAAGGUCCUGCUGCGCCGGUUGCUCGCCUCCUUCUUUGACCGGAACACACUGGCCAACAGCUGCGGCACCGGCAUCCGCUCCUCCACCAACGACCCCAGCCGCAAGCCGCUAGACAGCCGCGUCCUGCACGCCGUCAAGUACUACUGCCAGAACUUCGCCCCAAACUUCAAGGAGAGCGAGAUGAACGCCAUCGCGGCCGACAUGUGCACCAACGCACGGCGCGUCGUGCGCAAGAGCUGGCUGCCCAAGCUCAAGGUGCUCAAGGCCGAGGGCGACGCCUACACCGCCUUCAUCGGCGACUCGGGCAAGAUGGAGCUGGACAUGAUGGGCGUCGAGCAUGGCUUCGACCCUGCCGAUGGCGAUGCGGGGCCCUCGGCCGAGGCCCUGCAGUGACCCGCCGAGCUCCUGCCCUGGGGGGCGCUGCAUGCUCCCGGCCCCCCCACCCCCUGCCCCCACCCCACCCCCAGCGGGGCCUGCGAGGACUGAGGGGUGCAGGGGGGAGGGCGGCGUGGCGGUGGGUGCUCGCCCCACUUCUAGUGAUCGGGGACUCGGGAAGCCCCCACGCUCUCGUCCCCUUGGGCGGGAGAGGUCCCUCAGCCUUUGCCCCUCUCGGCAGUCCCCGAGACUUGCAGAGGGCCUCCGGGGUUCUCAGGACCCCUCCACCCCUGCCCCUCAGCCCCACAGCACCCAGAUCCCCCCAGUGCUUCCACAUUUCCGAAAGCGCCUUCCCGUUUCCCUCGGGUGUCCCCACACCGGGGCAUGGUCGCGAGGCCGCGGGACACGGCUGGACCACGGGGGACGGGCCCAGCAUCCCGCAUCGGACCCAGGUGGUGGCUGUGGUGCCUGGAGGGGUGCGGGGCGCCUGAGUUCGGGUUGCUGGGGGCACAGAGCUGGGGUGUGAGGGACUGUGCAAGGCUCACAGGAAGAUGUGUGCGCGUGCAAGGAGCGGCUUUGUUUUCACUUGAGGGGGUUAGCAGGCAUGGGAGGCCAGCCAGGGUAGGAUGGGUUCAGGGGAGGGGCCGUCCCCUCACCCUGUCCCCAAGCCCAACACGGCUUCCAAUAUACCCCCCCAUCCCCUGUACAUACAUAGAGCCUUUUCGUUUUUAGCGAAGAUUAUUCGCUUCUAGGAUUCCUUUUAAUUUUCAGACUAAAGGGCAGCCCCCAGGGGUACGGUUUGGUGUGCACUCUUCAGAGUGGGGGGUCCCAAAGGACACCAAUGAGGGUGUCCUGGCCGUUGACAGGCCCAUCCGGCCUAGCCCAGUUUGAUUUGACAUGUGACCUUGAACUCCAGGGGGUUCCAGGUUUUUGUGUUUGAGUUUGAUUUUUUUUUUUUUUUUUUUUGUCACCGCUAACACGCACAGGAGCCUGCCCGAGAGCUCGCCCUCCCCAUCACCUCCAUCCCCCUGGGAGCGGCUGGUGGGCCCUCCUUACUUGGGCUCCUGGUGGGGUGAGGGCCAGCACCCCGCCAGCCCGAGUGGGUGGGACACCUAUACCCCCAGCUAAAGCACAAGCACCUUAGUUCCAACCCUGCCCCACCCCAGCGACGAUCCCAAAGCACAAAUCCUGGUAUAGGGAGGCGACAGGUGGGUGGCGGGGCUGGGGCUCCAGCCAGGUCUCCCCAAAGGAAGCAGAAGUCCCUGGGCCUUCCCCUCCUUCCAGGCCUUAGUGGAGGGGGCAGGGACUGGGGGAGCUCCUCCCUCCCACCCCCCUUGUUUCAGGGACCCCAGGAGGUACCCCUGGCUCCCGGGACCAUGUGGAGCUGCAGGGAGAAGGGCCAGGCAGGGGUGCAGGGAGGAAACUCCUCAUCAGGAGAGCCAAAGACAGGGUUGUGCCUUACCCAGGAGCCCCCCUGCACCCCGUGACCCCCACUCCCCCCCAGCCGCUGCUGACCCUGCCCGCCCCUCCCCGCCCUGCCUGGAGCUGCAUGGACCCCCCCCUCCCCGGGCAGCCGGAAAGGAACACUAAUGCCACCAAGGCCGCAGAGACUGGGGGCCCCCCCCCCUCUGUCCCGCCGCUCCCCACCUCGUUCACGCCAGACAGGCGGACCCCUGAGCCGGCCGCUGUCCGUCUGUCCCGUGAAGUGCCAAGGCCCCCCCCAUGCCCCGCCGCCCCGCACCCUGGGAUGGCACCGACUACUGUACGGCGGCCGCCGCGGGCCAUGUGAAGCGCUGCUGGCGGAAUAAACGACGCCUUUGUAACAA